AUGUCCGAAUCUGAUUGUGAAGAAUCUGAAGACGAAGAAGAUAUUGUUGGCUUAGUAAAUGGUGCUAGUGUGAAAAAAAUUGAGCAAUUGAGCCUGGUUCAAAAGGAGGAUAAUAAUGCCCAGGAUGACAUACAAGUUGGGCCUGGGCCUGAAGAUGAGCCAGGAGAAGAAAAUGACCCUGAACUUGACAAGCGUCUAAGCAAACAACGCCAACGGGCCAUUCAAGAGGCCCGUGGGAGGAGAAAGGUUAUCACCUCCAGAAAUACUUACAAGGACAAAGGCGGGAGGUCAUCUAAUAAUUCGAAGAUCCAAAAGCAAUUAAGUAGCUGA